CUAUACACAAAUGCACACGUCCAUACAACAUUCUGCGGUCGGUGAAGGCUCGUUUGGAGAGGACUCUAGGAGAAUCAUACAACAUGAAGUUAUCAAUGAAAGCAUACUGGUGUCGACACUACAACCAAGGACCGCGAUGACCGGUGGAAUACGAGAAACGGCAUUCGGAAAGCGAAGUCAUCCUGACGUAUUUGAUACGUUCCGAUACGAUUCAAUGGAGUGUUUAAAGAAGUUGUUUUAUGAUUCUGAUAAUCCCAAUGUGUCAUUUCGUGCAGCCCGUGUUACAGACCGAAUGUACAAACGUAACACAGGGGCCCUUGUUAGGCUGAAGACGGUGGCGCAAACAGACGGUCUCGAAGAUGUAGAAAGUCUGCGAGAAGUACAUGCACAACUGCAAUACAUUGAUACACAACUUGAGAGGCUCAUCAAUUGUUUGUCCGAUAUGAAAACGGCAAUGGAAGUCACCUUGGAAACACUAUCUACAGAUCAUUCAAAGCUGAAUGUUUCUCUUUUCAGCUUCAUAGAAUUGAACUACAGUCUAGGCUUGGAAUGGUGUUGGUUUGAAAGCUUAUGCACGAAUUACAGAAAUGAAAGCGAUUUACAGAUGAAACAAUUGUAUGAUUUUCUGAAGUAUCCAGUCAAUAAAAUGUCCUACGAAGAGCGCCUAGCGCGCAAACAGCGACUUAUCACAAAUAUUGAAGACGAAAUAAGAAACAGUCUUCCCAAAGAAAGAGAUUAGGACAACGAAGCCUAUAUUUUGCCAUUAUUGUUGUAAACUGCAACACGCAUUUUGAUUAUUUUCUUGUCUUUACGUGCCAUGAUAUCAAAUAUUUCAUAUGUACAAAAUUA